AUGACUUUGAAUAUUGAUAUGAUUCACCUGAUAGAGCCUAUUAUGCAGAUUUAGAACAAACAACACCUUAUCAGUAUAAGUAUUCAUUAACCCAUAAUUUAGUUCAGGUGAUUAGCUACUAGCCAAUAUGGCAUAUAGAAAGUCGCCAGGUGAUUUUGUUAAAGCAAAUUGAAAUAAUAUUAUUUUGUUAAAUAUGUUCUUUAUUUUACCUGUUACAACAUAAUUUGCCUUUAUUAAAAACCAAACAGCAAUAAAAAAGUACUUAGUUACACACCCCAAGAAAUCUUAACUAAUGAACUUAUCACGCAAUGUUUUUCCUAAUUGAGGAUUACAGUACCCAAGGGACCAUAUCCACAGGUUAGGGCCAGCUGCAAAAGAUUCACCUUGUUAGUUGCUUUUUGGAAAAUGGAGUCGUUGGUUGCUUUUCUGCUUUUAUUUUAUCUUCCCGGUAUCUGUUCCCUGGCCAAUAUUGCCUGCCGGAUAGCCGAGAAACAGAAUGCCCAGGUUACCUAUCUGUACCGCUGUUCCAGCUGUACGUCUUCUUUUGAUCCGGAACACUGUGCUCUGGAAAUGGAACUGUAUCGCUGCGUGGGCAAUCGUUUGCCCGUCAUUACGAGGAAUAUCGAGGCACAUGAACUAGAACCAUUGCGACAAACGGACAGUCUGAGUAUCUUCCACAUCCCAGCUGGUGACAAAGGGGAAUCACUGGUUCGCCGUAUCUUAAACUUGUUAAAUCCCCGCCAGACUUGCAAACAUCUGCAUAAGUAUCUGUUUAUUUGGCCGGACGCCAGGGAAGAUCAGCUCCAAAGACUUUUUCAAGGUAGUUGGGAUAAGAGCUUGCUCUACGGGUUGGCCAUUACCCGUAAGGAUAAUGGUACCUUUGACUUUGAUCCCUUUGCAUUAGGGGGUCUUAAAGUGGUGCAGCUGUCGGGAAAUGAUUUAUAUUACCCCCAUAAGAUGAUGGAUUUAAGGGGCUACCCAUUGCGUUUCUCCAUGUUUACGGAUCCUUUAAUGGCUGUGCCAAAUAAUCCUGUGGAAAGUGCUGGCUAUAGAGCGGUGGAUGGAGUGGCUGCCCGAGUGGCUGCCAGUAUGUUAAAUGCCACCGUUACGUACGUCCUACCUGAAGAUAACGAAUCCUACGGUCGGUGUUUGCCUAAUGGGAACUACACAGGAGUGGUGAGAGAUAUAGCAGGCGGUCACACCCACUUUGCUCCCAACUCUCGAUUUGUACUGGACUGUAUUUGGCCAGAAGUUGAAGUGCUUUAUCCUCACACUCGUCGCAUACUUUACUUGGUGGUCCCCGCCUCUGAAGUUCAGCCGGAGUACUUGAUAUUUGUGCGCGUCUUCCGGCGAUCCGUUUGGCACUUGCUGCUGGUUACCCUUUUGGUGGUGGUAUUGGUCUUCUGGGUGAUGCAGCGGUUCCAGAAAAGGAUUCCGCGCAGCGGAUUUAUUCAUUUUCAAACCCCGUGGUACGAGAUUCUCGAGAUGUUUGGUAAAACACAUGUCGGUGAGCCGGCAGGGAGACUAUCUUCUUUCAGCUCGAUGCGCACCUUCUUCAUGGGUUGGAUCCUGUUUAGUUACGUCCUUACUACCAUCUACUUUGCCAAACUGGAGUCCGGAUUUGUGCGUCCUAGUUACGAGGAGCAGGUGGACCAGGUAGAAGGUCUAGCUCAUUUGGAUGUGCACAUCUAUGCAGUAACUACCAUGUAUGAUGCAGUGAGGGUCGCUCUGUCUGAACACCAAUAUAGUCUGCUUGAAAAACGUAGUCGCCAGUUGCCCUUGGGAUUGACUACAUCCUAUUACCAACUGUUGGUAAGCCGGAGAGAUCGCCGAUCGGCCUUUAUUAUGCGCGAUUUUCAUGCUCGAGACUUUCUGGCUCUCACAUAUAACUCACAGGCGGAGAGACCUGCCUACCACAUCGUCAAGGAAUAUCUGCGCUCCAUGAUAUGUACCUACAUCUUGCCCAGAGGAUCUCCCUUUCGUCAGCGGUUGGACUCUCUCUUCCGUGGCUUUCACGAACACGGUUUCUUUGAGCACUGGCGUCAAAUGGAUCUGAUUACCCGGGACGGAACAUCACCAAAUGCCGAGGAGUUUUACGAGGAUCUGGGAGAUCAGACUGACACGGAUACAGCGUCCACUGAUUCGGCAAUUCGUCAUAAUAAGAAAGUGGUUCUUACUUUGGACAUCCUGCAGGGCGCCUUCUAUCUCUGGUCAGUGGGCAUCGGGAUCAGCUGCCUAGGAUUCAUCUUGGAGCAUGCUUAUCGAAUCUGGAAGAGCCAAAAACAAUCGAUGAAAAUAAAUUAAGCAGUGAUCUUAAAGAGGAGAUGAAAACCCAAACCAAGAUUCAAAUACAAAUUACAAAUAUUUGUUCUUUAAAUAAAGCUACCUUCAAGUCUUAAGCUUAAAGCGUAUCUUAAUGAAGUUU